AUGGCGAACAAGUCAAUAGUACUCACUCAAUGCGAACCAUUUUUCGGUGGUUCAUUAGUUGCUUAUGGACCGCAGGCUAUUGGCUGCUGUGGAGGGAUGCAUAUUCUUGAUCUUGUCACUAGAGUGUGGGUUAGUCCUGAAUGCAAAGGGACACCUCCUUUGCCCCGGGAGAGCCACACGGCCGUGCUCGUUGGCGGCUAUAGACUAGAGAUCUUUCGUGGUAGUGGGGAAGGCAGAGCAAACUAUUUGAAUGAUUUGCACAUUCUUGAACUAGGAACCAUGAGAUGGACUUGCCCUGAGUUGAAAGGUGAAUUUCCUGUCCCUAGGGACAGUCAUAGUACCAUUGCCAUUGGGAACAAGCUUAUUGUAUAUGGUGGAGAUUCAGGUUAUCAGUACCAUGGAAACAUUGAUAUUCUUGAUAUGGAAACAAUGACUUGGUCUAAAUUGAAUAUUCAAGGUUCUUCACCAGGAGUCUGGGCAGGUCAUGCUGCAGUAAACAUUGGAACCAAGGUCUAUAUCAUUAGAGGGGUUGGAGAAAAACGUUACUAUAAUGACAUUUGGAUCUUUGAUAUAUGCACUUGUUCAUGGACUCAACUCUUUAUAACUGGUCAACUACAUGGACUCAGCACUUAUAUCACUACAUGUUUCCUGUUCUUGGCUGUAUUACUGUAUGAGGUUAACAAAAUCUCAGGAUCAGUGCUUUCAGUUCAAACAAGCGACUCCAGAAGUAAAAAGUAUAGUGGGAGAGGUUAG